AUCUUCUUGGUCUAUUUUGGAGUUCCUGAAGAUCAAACUACUCGCAAAUACUUGUAUCCAAACUUCCUAUCUUGGUGGACUUCCAUAACUUGGUGAAAGAUCUCAAUUCUGCUGUCAAAAUAGUCAGAGAGGACUACCCAUUCAAAAUCUUGUGUCUUCGUGGUCUAGCUGGUAAUACAUCUCAAUUCUAAAGCAUGAAGUUGAUUAAGUUCUCAGUAGUUUUGAUUCUGAGUUUGAAGUUCAUCUCAGUCCACUCUCAGAAUGACACGGAUCCCAUUGUCCUGGAGGGGAAGUGUCUGGUGGUCUGUGAUUCUACUCCCACUUCAGAGCCGGCUGGGACGGCGUUGGGAAUGUCGGUGCGUUCCGGGACUGGGAAAGUGGCUUUUUCCGCAAUUCGGAAAACCAACCAUGAACCGUCGGAAAUGAGCAACCGUACAAUGACGAUCUACUUUGAUCAGAUCCUGGUUAAUGUCGGGAAUCAUUUUGAUCCAGCCAGAAGCAUGUUCAUCGCCCCGAGGAACGGAGUGUACAGCUUCUGCUUCCAUGUGGUCAAAGUGUACAACAGACAGACCAUACAAGUGUCUCUGGUGUUGAACGGCUGGCCUGUGAUCACUGCCUUCGCUGGGGACCAGGAUGUCACAAGAGAGGCUGCCACUAAUGCGGGGCUCAUGACCAUGGAGAAGGGAGACAAGGCCUACCUGAAACUGGAGAGGGGGAACCUGAUGGGGGGCUGGAAAUAUUCCACCUUCUCUGGCUUCCUGGUCUUUCCACUGUAAUCCCAGAAUUAAGAAUGGUUAAGAUUAGUUAGGAAGUAUGAAACAAUAAUUCCCAUUUCUAUAGCGCCUUUCAUCACAAGAAUCACAAAGCGCUUCACACACACACACACACACACACACACACGCACGCACACACGCACGCACACACACACACAAAAUGUGUCUAAUACAGAAUUUGAUUAAACAGAAAUUCAAAAGUAGAUACAAAAUGCAGCUUUGAUUGUAAAAUAGGAAAACUAAGAUUUUAAAACAAAGUUAUUUUACAAAAAUACGUUUUCAAUCCCAGCUCACCUGACAGAAGAAGGCAGAGCAUCCCAUAAUUCAGGAGCUUCACAAGUAAAAGCCCUUCCUCCCUUGUCAUUUGUAUUCACCCUGGAACAGCCUGUAGCUCUGCAUCCUGUGAUCUAAGAGUGUGGUUAGGAGUAUACAGGGGCAGACAUUCCCCUUGUAAAAGUUUCCCAUAGUAAAGGCAGAGCAAGUCUAUGAGUGACACAGACCCAUGCCAUUGCUCUACAAAAUCAGAGCUAUCAGUGUGAUGAAAAAAGAUGAUGCAGUACAGAAUAGAAUAAGAAAUCAAAUGUUUCAUCGCUAUCGGAUAAGUGGUUCUCCAGAUAGAUCACAGCAAAAAUCUAAGUGUGAUAUACGGAUGGACAGAUGUACAGACAGACACCCCUCAAUGCCCCAGAAUCUGAUACUCUCAAUAACUUGUUAAUCAUGUUAAUAGCAAGUUUCAUCACAAUUGGAUAGACAAUAGCAUGUGGCAAAUUUGUAUAAGGGUACAUAUCAGAUAAGACCAUUUUAAAUUAAUAAACAAAAUCCACUUUCUUCACUCUAAUUGUGCAACAUUUUACCCCCUUCUCCCUCUGCAUUACAGAAGUGUUAACCAAGCUUUUCAAAUCCAUUUCUAUUCCUCUCAUUAACUGAAGACUGAAGCUUUCAAAUCAAUUUCCUUUUUUUUUUUUUUGCACAAGCAACAUUUUCUCUGACAUCAGAGUAAUUUACAAUAAUCCUUUAUGAAUUGUUCACAAUACAACAAACAUUUGCAAGUUUUUUUUUCUAUAAAGAAUAUUUCUUUUAAUAUAAUUUGAUUUCAUUUUGUGUAAAUGUUACAUAUUUUUAGGAUGUUUGCAAUCUUUCUGAGGUGUUAAAUCUGGAGAAUCCGAACUGCCAGGCACUGGACCGUCAUGUGACAAGGAGAGCAGCUCCUGAAGUCAUAGUUAGCACUGACUUACAAAAACACAGCAUUUGAGUUCAUAAGAAGCACACAGAAUGAUUGCAAACAUAAGACUGUAGGGGGCAGUAGAACUAAAUGAAAUCUGAAACUAGCAUAAAGCAGAAUUAACCGGAUUUCAAAAAUCCACUUUCCCUUAAAGAAGACAUUGUAGUUUAUAAAUAAUUAGGGCUUCUAGUUUGGGGUUUUAUUUUCCAUCUCUCUCCCUCCCUUUAAACAUUAAUUAAUAGUUGUUAAGCUAUUAAUUACUGGGUAGCAGUGUGGAGUAGUGGUUAGGGAUCUGGACUCUUGACCGGAGGGUCGUGGGUUCAAUCCCAGGUGGGGGACACUGCUGCUGUACCCUUGAGCAAGGUACUUUACCUAGAUUGCUUCACUAAAAACCCAACUGUAUAAAUGGGGAAUUGUAUGUAAAAAUAAUGUGGUAUCUUGUAACAACUAUAAGUCACCCUGGAUAAGGGCGUCUGCUAAGAAAUAAAUAAUAAUAAUAAUAAGCCUUAACUGAAAACCAGAUUGUUUAAAUUAGCGAUGCACUAAUAGAAACGAAAGCAUAGGAAAUUAAUAAGAUGAAUUUGGCGUUUAGAGCCAGAUUGUAAUGCAGGUUCAGAUAGAAUCAGGUGAGAUCAAUGCGUGUCAUUUAACUCAAUCAAGAUAUGAGGGUAAAAAGAAACAACUUCCUUUGAGAAUUAGAGCUUGAUUAAGAAAGUGAAUCAGCUCAAAAUAUGUUUAAAGAGACAUCACAUGAUCAAAAAUAAACCCUGGAAACUAGAAUCCCUAUUUAUAAUCCAUCUUUAUUUAUUGAAAAUAAUCUUAAAGCAUGCAUUGAUGUCAAAGGUAUUGUCAAGAAUAUUAAUAAUGUAGAUAUUUUUCUAGGUUUAUUGUAAGACAUUAAAGUUAUUGUAGCUCACACAAAUUAUUUCCACCCAUUUUUAACUCCUAUUAGCUACACAGGUCUCCAAUGUGCAGUUUUAACAAACAGUGAAGGGGUGUGGCCAAUUUCACCCUCACCAAUUUGACCCAAGAAGUGCGACACUAAAAGCAUGGCUUGUGCAAACAGAGGUUUAUUUAACCUAGUGUACUUCCAGAUGUUUCCAAAUGAACAUACAGUCCUGUGCAGAUCUAUUAGAACACCCCAUUGCUUCUGUAGUUUUGAUUUGUUAUGCAAUAUAGGCAAAGUAGUGACUGUCUAAUUGAAUUGAUGACUUUAAUAAGCCACACAUGCAAUUCAUUUAAAAUAGUAAGAGAAAGGGAACACAGAGCCACAAAUGGUGAAAUGCAGGAGGCUUUUUAGAAGUUGUUUAAGAUGCCUAAUUAAAGCACAAAGCGGUCUAACAUUUUCACACACCAGUGCCUAUUGUUUUUAAAGCACUGAGUGGAAAUUGAAAUUCUCACACCCAGAGGUUUUCAUGCAGGUGGGUGUAUAAAGGAUAUAAAUGAUAAAUCUCGGGGUGUUCUAAUAGAUGUGCAAACUACAGUACAUGCUUACAAUAAUUGCACAUUUUAACCUGUAUAACAUAUAAACGUGCACAACAGGUACAAUCUAUGGAAAUAUGUUGUUAGUGAAACUAUUUUAAGAACUGCCAUAUUCCUGUAUUAAUGUCUUUUAAUAAAAAAAAUAUCUAAAUAAAAACAAUAAAUUAUU